CUUGUAGUGGGGAGUAUCCAUUACCUGUAUGAUUAGAGUUAGUAAAGUGCAAGGUUCUACUGUUCAUCUGAAUCCUUUCGUUGUUAGUAAUGUGUAGUUGAUUACUGCAGUUCCCUAAAAGAAUUAGUCACAAAACUGGGUAACAAUUGAUUGGUAAUUGACAAAUAUGGCGAAAAAAAAAAAAAAAAAAUCGGUGCCGUUAAGUUUUGAAGCAAAGCAGAGUUCAGUAUCACAAUCCGUAGUGAGGGUGGUGUGUGGUGCAUGGUGCAUGACAAGUGUGUCACCGUGUGAGGGGCGGCGAACACGUCUCCCAGUCACAAGUCCCGCAUCACGUCACACGGAGAAGCCGCCGCCCUUUUGGAAUUCAGGCGCCUCACAAGGAUUUAGCCCCUCAAUGUGACCAACACACGGCCUUGGAAAGUCUUGUGGGACUCAUGUCAGGAACUUUUAGAUUUAUGAAAACAAAUACAUGUACAUCUCACUGAACAAGAGACUUUCCUUUGUCACCCUGCAACGAUGGACCUUCCCCCGGUGUGUCUCCUGCUGCUGAGCCAGUGUGUAUUGCUGGCGCUUACUCAUGAGUACCAAGUGGCAGACAUCCACUGUGACUUUGGUGAGGAUGGCGGCAGUAAGGGACACGAAAGGUUGGCUGCCCGUAUCCGGAAGCCUGAAGGGUUCCGUGCGCACCCUCGCUUCGCCGACACCACCGCCACCAGCUCCUCCUCCUUGACAGAUGCGGUGUGUCAGAUUCAGCAGGACUCUCAGUACGUGUACAGCCUCCUGGUGACAGACUUCUCCCGCUGCGGCGUGGUGAAGAAGGACGGGUAUGCGACGGUGCGGGUGUGGUUCCCCCAGCUGGAAGGAGUCAUGCUGGCCAGCGACAAGGAGGUGCUGGUCAUGUGCAAACCAACCGCGCCCAUCGUGACUGAGAACCGUGUCGCCAGCUUUGCAGGGGCGCUACCGUCCCUGGGAAGGGUGUCUGGCAUGGUGAAAGAGACUCCCGACCGCCUGGAAUACGAGGUGGCGCUCUUCCGCAAGGUGACAGCUCGUUCAGGGGAGGCUCUAACACCAAACCAGGCCGUCCCAAUCGGAUCCAAGCUCCAACUUCGUGCUAGCAUUGGCAGCCAAUCAACAUGGAAGUUCUUGAAGCUCAUGGAAGUGAUUGUGUCCAGUGAUCCCCACGAAGCAAAGGUGCCCGGCCACGUUGUCCUCGUCAGUGAAGGGUGCCGCGUGCAGGAAUAUUCUUCUAUCGUGCCUCAACACCCUCGACAAAUCGGCGAAAACUCAAGGGAAGUGAUCUUGGACUUCGAGGCCUUUAUGCUAGACUCCAAGAUAACGGAGUCAUCCCAAUUGUGGAUCCAUACCACCAUCAAGGCGUGCAUCGACUUCAGGGAUUGCAUGGCGGAUCUUUGCUACAGCCUUGAUGCACCAACGGGGUACGGACGGCGGCGGCGGCGGCGGCGGCGGCGAGUGACUUUGUAUGCCGAGGGUCUGCUGGAAGUGUCUGACGACCACCACAAUACCUCGUUCGCAGCACUCAUGUCCGGCCACUCCCCAGUUCCGACUAACGACUCUUUAGCUUCCUCUUCCUCGGCUGAAGCUUCCCCGACCCCCGCCACCCUUGCUCAGGAAAGCGUCCAUCUGUCAGAGGAAGUGGCCAAACGCCCCAAGGCGUUAGCCCAGUCCUCGGGGCCUGGCAGAAACUCAACGAAGUUGGGUAAUAACGUUGGGUUCACUGUCGUCAUGCCUGAAGAAUUCUUCACACGAACAGAGGCACUAUAUCAGUCAUGUGCUACAUUCAUGGUUCUCUCAGGACUGCUGGGAGUCAGUAUGCUCCUGGGAGUUGGCCUAAUGUGCCUUCUUACCUCUCGUUUGCAUCGAACUGCUGUUCUGGCACAUGCCACUACUCUAGAUACUGUCAUCAAAGAUCACCAACACAAGUAUGACCUCAGGGACUUUCUCAAGCCUCCCUUUCAGUGA